CGAUUGAAAAGUUCUCGUCACGGGAGGUUACUUUUAUCUUCCUGCCAUAUUGGAUGCACCGUUCGGAAUGAUAUAAUCCGGAAUUCGAAAAAAGUGAUUAAACAAUUGAUAGAAGAUGGCUUACAACUUCCCGGGUGUACCAGCGGCCGCUAUGCCACCGAUGGGUAUGGGACCAAUGGGACCCCUUACCGCGAUCGCAGGUCCGCAAAGUUUCAUGGAGCUAGCGGGCCAAGGAUUUCCACCCUUGCCACCACCUAUACCACUGCCUGGAAUGAAUGACUCCCCUCUAGAAUUUAGUACGAACAAAAAUCAACCGCCAGUAGUUAGAGAAACUUCUGAAGACACCAAUGAUAAGAGGAGCGAGAAGAAUGACGUCCGACGCGAAAGAGAGACUCGAGAUUGCAGAGACAACAGAGACAAUAGAAGAUCUAGAAGUGACAGAAGAGAAAGGGACAGGGAUAGAAGGGAAGAAAGGAACGAUAGGGAUAGAAGAGAAGAGAGGAGGCCUGACGAUCGAAAUAGCAUUAAUUCUACUGGUAGCAAUAGCGGUCAUAAUAGUAAUACUAAUGGUAACGAAAUCUCAUCUUCGUCAAACGCUGGUAGCACACCGAAUUUGGGGCAAAUGGAACAAGCGACAGGAGUUUGGGGAAUGGGAGUAGGAUAUCCGGUGAUGGGCAUGGGUCCAAUGGGACCGAUGGGACCAAUGAUGGGUGAGAUGACUCUUGGUCCGCACAUGGGACAUACUCAUAGUUACGGACCUAUGGGUAUGGGAAUGAUGUCGCACGACGGUAGUAUGAUAGGCGCACAAAUAUUAGGACCAGAACAAAUAAUGAAUGAUGCUGCCCAGAUCAUGAGCAGUGCCUUACCUCCGCCGCCAACCACGCCGCAAGGUACCAAGGAGAUUAUACAUUGUAAAAGUUGUACACUGUUCCCACCGAAUCCGAACGCUCCGCCUCCAACGACCAGGGAACGACCCCCGGGGUGCAGGACAAUCUUUGUCGGAGGCUUGCCGGAGAACAUUACGGAAACGAUAAUUCAAGAGAUAUUCGAACGUUGCGGCGAGAUAACCACGCUGCGGCUUUCUAAGAAAAAUUUUUGCCAUAUACGUUUUGUACUAGAGAGUAGCGUCGACGCGGCUAUUUAUUUAUCCGGCUAUAGAGUUAGAAUAGGAUCUAGUGGUGAUUCUGCAAACACUGGUAGACUUCACGUAGAUUUCGCUCAGGCCAGAGACGAUCAGUACGAGUGGGAAUGCAGGCAACGUCAGCUGCAGCGAGAACAGCGACACAGAGAAAGAGUUGAGAAAGAAAGGCAAAGAGCACCGUCUAGUCCUCCACCGGUUGUCCAUUACACGGAUCACGAAGCAUCGAAUAUUUGCGAGAAGAUCAAACAAGACGACACGUUCAUGAAAGCCGUGCAAGUGAGUAACAAGUUUGUGAAAAGAGCCUUCCUCAAGAUUGAAACCGAUUCAAAUCGAUUCCAGGUGGUCGUGACCUGGCUCGAGCGCGGAGACUGUACCAAACGCAACGCCAACACAUUUUACUCGAUGAUCCAAUCAACGAAUUCUCACGUCCGGAGGUUGUUGACAGAAAAAGUCGCAUACGAGGAAGAACUGCAGAAGGCCAAGGAACUGAUGAAAGGGAGGAUGCAGGGACUCUUAAUACAAUUCAGUCAAAUCGAACGCGUGUUUACUGCGGCCAGCCACAAGAAGGUCUGGGAUCACUUCACAAAGGCUCAACGGAAGAACAUCGAAAUGUGGAAGAAACAAUCCUCGGAGAUUAAAGCGGUGCAACUGGAAGAAUCUUUGAUGGAAGGCGAAGGGGAAAUGGAAGUUUCCGAUUCUGAAGAGGAACCGCAAAGGAAGAAAGCGCGCAAUCAGUCGGACUCUCACGAAGAUACGGAAAGAUUGCAAACUUUGAAAGAGGAGAACGACAGUCUCCGAUGUCAGUUAGAGGCGUAUAAAAACGAAGUGGAUCUGCUCAAGUCCGAGACGAAGAGCGAGAUAGACGCGAAGGAUAAGCAGAUGAAGAUGUUACAGCAGACCUUGAAGGGUAUGCAGGAACAAUUAAUGCAAUCUAGGAAACAGCAGGCGCAGGAUGACCAGAAGAUCAAAGAUCUGACCGUGAAGUUGAACGCAACGAAGAAGGAAGAACCGCGAGAGAGCGAGGUAAUAACGUUAGACAAGGACGACGACAUCAACGACGAGCCCCGAACUCCGAAACAGUUGAUCUCAACCUCUAGUUUCAUACAAAUUAGUCAAAAGGAUGCUAAGCUGAUAGGAUUAAUAGCGACGUUUUUACAUAUUCAUCCGUUCGGUGCGAGCGUAGAUUACCUCUGGUCUUAUUUACAAAAAAUGGAACCAGGUAUCAAGCCCAACGAAGUGGAAGCUCUGAUGCAACGAUUCCCGCAAGUCUUCAAACAAGAUUUAUUCGGUAUCGGCGCGAACAUGGAAAGACGUUGGCAAUUCUCAGGAUUCAACGUUUAUCGUAGUCACUGAUCCGCCUGUACCGAUAAUUGAAAUUCAAUAGAGAAGCUAACGAAGAAACGGUUUUACAAUAUUAUCGUAUCACAGUGUCUCCUCAUGUCAUAUACAUUUUUAUUGUGAUACUUGUAAUUCUUGUAGCCAGUCUUUACCUCAUAAUGUCAUUAUUAAACGGAACACUUGUAAAUAAAAUUGAUUACGUUCAAAAGCUAA